CACGUCACCAUCACUCUCAUGGCCAAAAAGCUUCUCGUACUCAUAGAUCAUUUGUGUUCUUUCGUUUGAGAUAAACUCAGAGACGUGUAGCUUCACUACUUCCACAUACUCAAUAGAGAAAGAGAUGGCUACCGAAACCGUAUUGGCGACGGCAGUGAGCAAUGGCGGAAGCAAAAUAUGCUGCAAGUCCGGUCCAGGUUACGCGACGCCUCUCGCCGCCAUGGCUGGUCCACGGGAAAAGCUCAUCUACGUCACCGCCCUCUACUCUGGAACGGGGCGAGACAAACCGGACUACUUGGCAACGGUGGACGUGGAUCCAAGUUCACCUACUUAUUCAAGCGUCAUUCACAGAUUGAAAAUGCCUUAUGUGGGAGAUGAGCUUCACCACACUGGUUGGAACUCUUGCAGCUCUUGCCAUGGUGAUGCUUCUGCUGAUAGACGUUACCUCGUCUUGCCAGGCUUAAUAUCUGGUCGUAUUUAUGCAAUCGACACAAAGACCGAUCCAAAGGCUCCCUCUCUGUAUAAGGUUAUAGAGCCUAAGGAGAUUGCUGAGAAGACAGGAUUAGCAUUUCCACACACGUCUCACUGCCUCGCCUCGGGGGAUAUGUUGGUGUCUUGCCUUGGGGAUAGAGAAGGAAACGCUAAAGGGAAUGGGUUUCUCCUUCUUGACUCUGACUUCAAUGUGAAAAGCAGGUGGGAUAAACCAGGAAAUAGCCCUUUGUUUGGGUAUGAUUUCUGGUACCAACCUCGGUUCAAGACAAUGAUCAGCACUUCUUGGGGAGCACCUAAAGCCUUCUCCAACGGUUUUGAUCUCCAGCACGUUGCUGAUGGAUUGUACGGAAGUCAUUUACAUGUUUAUAGUUGGCCUGAAGGUGAAAUGAAGCAAGUUAUUGACCUUGGAAAUACUGGACUCUUACCUCUUGAGAUUAGGUUCUUGCAUGAUCCGUCUAAAGAUACAGGGUAUGUUGGGAGUGCGUUGUCGAGUAAUAUGAUUAGAUUUUUCAAGAACAGUGAUGAUACAUGGAAUCAUGAGGUGGUUAUAUCAGUAAAACCGUUGAAGGUCGAAAACUGGAUUCUUCCAGAGAUGCCGGGGCUUAUUACCGACUUCUUGAUCUCACUCGAUGAUCGGUUUUUCUACUUUGUGAACUGGCUUCAUGGAGAUGUUCGUCAGUACAACAUAGAAGACCCUAAAAACCCUGUAUUAACCGGACAGAUUUGGGUCGGAGGAUUACUACAAAAGGGUAGUCCUUAUAAGGCUGUUGGAGAAGAUGGUAACACUUACCAAUUCGAUGUUCCUGAGAUCAAGGGGAAAUCUCUACGAGCAGGACCUCAGAUGAUUCAACUGAGCCUCGAUGGGAAACGAUUGUAUGCGACAAACUCGCUGUUCAGCGCAUGGGACCGUCAGUUUUACCCGGAAAUCAUGGAGAAAGGCUCACACAUAAUCCAAAUCGAUGUUGACACAGACAAAGGUGGUCUCACCAUAAACCCUGACUUCUUUGUAGACUUUGGUGAUGAACCAGACGGUCCUGCACUUGCUCAUGAGAUGAGGUAUCCCGGCGGAGACUGCACUUCCGAUAUCUGGAUUUGAAUAAUUUGGCUUCUCUCAAAGAGUGAAGCUGGCUGGAUUUGUGUGACUCACUGUUAUUAUGUUUCAAUAUAGUGUGUUGUAAUAAACAAGUGGUGGCUAGUUUCGUGAUCCAUAUCAUUAAAGUUGGUUACACUGACUAGUUAUCUACUCCUUUGUUGCUUA